CAGUGCAUAUUGAAAACAUUCCUAAAUUAUAGUGGAAAUCAAUGAAUCUGGAAUAACAAAUAAUCAUUCAACAAGAAAGUUUCACAAUGGGCAAUGAGCAGUCUGUACGCGCGACCCACUUCCAGCCUCCGCCUAGAGAUGAACCGGACCCAGAUGACCUCCCUGAGGAGCACCACAUUAGUAUUUCAAAUAAAAUGGUUGAACGUUUAGUAGAAGAUGCAACUCUCGCGGGCGGUGCGGCGUCGGCGGCAAGCGCGCAGGCGCCACCCCGCGGCGAUUACAAAGACAAAAUAUUCAUGGAGAAGCUUACUUGCCUUGACGAAAACCACUCGGAGAAAUUGGGACUAACAAUGGAAGAUUUAAGAGCAACCGCGCGUCGCAUAGAAAUCCGUACGGCCAACAUGAUCAGCGUUGAGCCAGUCUGCGCAGAUUGUCACGAUAAAGUGAUCGAAUGCUACAAGAAUGUUAACGGCCGCGAACAUUUUGUCAAAUGCUGGGAUACUGUCGGUGCCUUCUCAAAAUGCGUGCAAGACGCAACAACGACUCGUCUUCGUGCGCGCACGCAUAAAGAAGCGCGGGAGCAUGCGCGGCGCACUCGGCACGUCGCGCAUGCCCGCGAACAUGCUCUGAGGGACCUAGGGCCACCGCCACCAGACCACGAGGAACAAAAAGCCAGUGAUAGCUAA